GAGUUCGCCAUUUUGCUAGGCAGCGGCAGUGGCGGCGGCAGCGGCGGCUGGAGCCUCUGAUUGGGUUUCGGGGUCCGGUACUGGAGCCAAUCAGCGCGGGCAGCGAACCGGGGGAGCGCGGCACGUCUUUUAGAUUCUCCAGAGAAUAACUUAGAGGAUCCUAAGUUGGGGAGACCAUGGAGCAGUAUACAACAAACAGCAAUAGUUCAACAGAGCAAAUUGUUGUACAGGCUGGACAGAUUCAGCAGCAGCAGCAGGGUGGUGUCACUGCUGUCCAGUUGCAGACUGAGGCCCAGGUGGCAUCGGCCUCAGGCCAGCAAGUCCAGACCCUCCAGGUAGUCCAGGGACAGCCAUUAAUGGUACAAGUCAGUGGAGGCCAGUUAAUCACGUCAACUGGCCAACCUAUCAUGGUGCAGGCUGUUCCCGGUGGACAAGGCCAAACCAUCAUGCAAGUACCUGUGUCUGGAACCCAGGGUUUGCAGCAAAUACAGUUGGUUCCACCUGGCCAAAUCCAAAUUCAGGGUGGGCAGGCUGUGCAAGUGCAGGGACAGCAAGGCCAAACCCAGCAGAUCAUCAUCCAGCAACCCCAGACAGCUGUCACUGCCGGCCAGACCCAGACACAGCAACAGAUUGCUGUGCAGGGGCAACAGGUGGCACAGACUGCUGAAGGGCAAACCAUUGUCUAUCAACCAGUUAAUGCAGAUGGCACCAUUCUUCAGCAAGUUACAGUCCCUGUUUCAGGCAUGAUCACCAUCCCAGCAGCAAGUUUGGCAGGAGCACAGAUUGUUCAGACAGGAGCCAACACCAAUACAACCAGCAGUGGACAAGGAACUGUCACUGUGACGCUUCCUGUAGCGGGCAAUGUGGUCAAUUCUGGAGGAAUGGUCAUGAUGGUGCCUGGUGCUGGCUCAGUACCUGCUAUCCAACGAAUUCCUCUGCCUGGAGCAGAGAUGCUUGAAGAAGAGCCUCUCUAUGUAAAUGCUAAACAGUACCACCGUAUAUUGAAAAGGAGACAAGCGCGGGCUAAAUUAGAGGCAGAAGGAAAAAUUCCAAAGGAAAGAAGGAAAUACCUGCACGAGUCUCGACAUCGUCAUGCUAUGGCACGGAAACGUGGUGAAGGGGGACGAUUUUUCUCUCCAAAGGAAAAGGAUAGUCCCAAUAUGCAGGAUCCAAACCAAGCAGAUGAAGAAGCAAUGACACAGAUCAUUCGAGUGUCCUAACCCCGGGGCCUGGGAUGAACUUAGUCAAGUCAUGUUUCUCACCACUGCUUCCCACUGUUCCAGGAAACUGAUCAACUCUUCCAGUGGAACGCUGAUGAUCACAUUCUGCCCUUUUUCAUAGGACAGAAAACACUUAGUUUUUAAUAAGUGGCUCAGUAUUAUAAUUGCAGUUGAAGUUGGCAAGCCUUUGUCUCACACUUUGAGUCAGGACCUAUUUCAGACUGUUGAUGACAUUGACAUUUCAAGGAUUAGGAUGAUGAAAAGGGACCCAUGCCAACCCAGCAGUAAUAAACACAGCAAUUAAUGUUGACUGGUGAAGCCAGUCAACUAUUUCAGCAAGGGGGAAACCACCUCAACCUAAACUGCAGUCAGGGAAGCUGCAGCCCACUCCUUCUCUUGGAAUCUAUAAAUAUCAUCUGUCCCUCCAUUGAGGGCUCUCAGGCGGACUAACUGAACUGAAUAGACAGUUUGUAUUCAGAGAUGGCUUCCAGGCAAGGGAGUUUAUCUCAUAGAAACAAUAAAUUAACUGAGAUACAUUCAUUUGAUCUGUGGUACUAAUAAGAAUCCGUCUGCCCAAAUGAUAAGAUGGUGAUUUUUUUUUUA